AUGGAUGACCAUCGUCGUCAUCAUCAAAUGAUAGAUGAAGGUGGGAAUGAAGCUAAUGAUUAAUGUAUGAAAACAGAAGAGAGCAAUGGAACUCCUGUUUUUAACUACUGUAUUGAAAACAAGAACGAUAAUUUCUUCCCUAGCAUACCUCCUCAAAGCAAUCAAGCGACUUCAGAUAAUACUUAUUAAUUUUAGAAACCAGCUAUAAGCAGUAUACCAAGCAAUAAAUCAAAUAAAAAAGGUGGUAAUUUUACGUUUGAUAUGAUACCUUUGAAAGAGCAAAGCUAACAAAACGAAAACAUCCCUUAAAAUUUUUAGCCACUUCCUUCUCCUCCAAAGCAAAAAAUCAAGCAAAAAUUUGAACUCUUCUUAGAUAUUUCUCAUUAUGAGAAGCAAGAAAAGGAGAUUCCAUUAUAAACAGAUGGAAACUCUUAAAAGAAGAAGUAGGAUGUUUUUGAUUUUUAAGAUGUGCACGAAUAUACAGGUUUUUGCGAUGUUGCUAUGAAGAAAUGUUCAAGAGAUGACUAGCAAGAUAGGUUUUCAGCAAUAAGUCCUCUAGAUCCAGUUGAGAAUGAUGACGCCUUUUUUGCUGUAUAUGAUGGUCAUGGUACUUCUUAUAUUGCAGAAUAAGUAAAAAACAACUUGCAUUAAAAAAUUAAAGAAAACAAAAAUUAUCCUUAAAAUAUUAUAAUGGCUGUUAAGUAGAGCUUUGAGUAAAUAGAUAAAGAAAUUUGUAAUUCUUAAGAGUCUAAUUCAAUCUAAAAAGGUGGUACUACUGCUCUGUGCUGCUUGAUAAAAGGAGAUACGAUAUAUAUUAUAAAUUGUGGCGAUAGUUUGAGUGUACUUUUUACUUAUCAAAAUGAAACGGAACUAUUAAAUAAACUUCAUAAACCCUCUAAUGAAAAUGAAAAAAUAAUGCUUAACUAAAAAAAUGCAAUAUACACUGAACAAAGAGUAUCUGGAACUCUAUCUGUUACAAGAGCUAUUGGUGAUCAUGAGCAUAAAUAAUUUAUUACUUCAGAGCCCGAAAUUUUCUAAUACACAAUUAAUGAAAACUAAAAAUAUCUAUUCCUAGGUACUGAUGGUUUUUGGGAUAUAAUAAGCUAUAAAGAUAAGCUACCUGAGCUAUUGCAAAAGAGAAAUGAUUAAAAUAUUUAGAAUUUAUCAACAUACUUAGUAGAAGAGGCUUCAAAUACGGUUACUACUACAAAGAAAGAUAAUAUGACUUUACUUGCUAUCGAUUUAAAUUACUACUACCGCUAAAAUAAUGAAGCAAAAGAAAAUUAAUCGAUGUAAGCAAUGUAAGAAAGUAACUGUAUUAAAAAGAGUAAACAGAUAUAAAUAAAUACUAUAAAUACAGAAAUAUCUUCUUACUUUUUUUAAGCAAAGUCGCCUUGCUCGGUUGGAAGAAGUACUGAGAAAAGAAAUACUAUCGGGAGUAGUGUUUCAUAGAAGUCGUAUUAAUAGCAAGAAUUAAAAACCUGCCAUAAAAUUUAAUAAAAGAGAGCCUUUUUUGCAUCUGAGAAUACAGAUGAGGAAUAACUAAGCAAAAGCGAGGAUAUGGGGAAAUUAGAUAGCAUAAUAUAAAGUUAAAAAGAAAUACAUGGUGUAGAGCAGAAUGGAAAUUUGAUAUCACAAAGUGUGACUAGUAUGACUGAUAUAAAUAUUUAAUGUAAAAAUGAAUAACCGUAAUAAAAUUAGCAAAGUUUUAAUUUACAAAAUUCUAGCAACAUGGAAAUUAGCCCUGUGAUAAACACUACUCCAAACUCAAGCUAAAAGAAAUUUAGCUUUUAAUUUCCUAUAUCAAAUAAUAAUUCUUCAAAUAAUCAAGUACCUUCUAGAUAAAUGGUUAUCGAUAAUAAAUAAAAUACUUUUUUUUAAUUUUGA